CGAGCAUCUGCCACAGCUUGAGUUUUCAAGCUUCAAGCUUCAUUAGCAUUUUCGAUGUCGGCCUCAGCUGCACAGACACUCGCCGACGACGAGCGGUCCGUACGGACGUUCAAGGCUGACCCGCCCCCCUGCUUGAACGAAAAGUCGGGCGGGAAGGAAGGUGACGAGGCGACGGAAAGGGAGCCAGCGCCUAUCCCACCCCAGGUAUUCCAGGAAGGAGGCUGGAGGGGAUGGGUUACAGUCCUCGGAGCUUUCAUGGUCCAGUUUUGCGGGUUUGGAUACACGUCAUCCUUCGGAGUAUACCAAGCGUUCUACACACAGGAGUAUAUCACGAAUCAAAGCCCCUCAGCAAUUUCAUGGAUUGGAAGCGUAAACACAUUUCUCGUUAUUGGUUUCGGACUCGUAUCAGGAAGACUAUACGACCGAGGAUAUUUUUACUAUCUCACGAUUGGCGGGUCUCUGCUGUACUCGUUCUCGCUGUUCAUGCUGUCGCUCGCAAAGCCAAACAACUUCUAUCAGGUCUUCCUCGCGCAGGGCAUCGGUAUGGGGCUCGGGGCAGGGACGGUCUACAUCCCCAGCGUCGCCGUCCUCUCGCACUACUUCCACAAGCGGCGUGCGCUCGCGAUGACCAUCGUCGCCUCGGGCUCCUCGCUCGGCUCCGUCAUCCACCCGAUCAUGCUCAACAACACGCUCUUCUCCCCGCUCGGCUUUGGAAACUCCGUGCGCGCGAGCGCGGGGCUUGUGUCGGGCAUGCUGCUCAUCGCGUGCUCGCUGAUGCACCCGCGCCUGCCCCCGCCGCAGCAGACCCUCGGGUUCGCGCAGGCGGCGCGCAAGUUCGUGCGCGACCCGGCGUAUGUGUUUGCGACGAUGGGGCUCUCGAUCUUCACGGUGGGGUACUACUUCCCGUAUUUCUACCUGCAGCUGGACGCGACAAAGCAUGGGCUGAGCACCACGUUCUCGUUCUACUCGCUCGUCAUCAUGAACGGAGCGAGUUUCUUCGGACGACUGUCUCCGGGGUUCUUUGCAAGGAGGCUUGGUAUUACGAACAUGAUAUCCUUCGCGACGUUCGCAUGCUCUAUCAUGAUCUUUGCAAUGAUCGGCUUGAAGAGUGUCGCGAGCGUGGUCAUCAUAGCAAUCCUGUUCGGCUUUUUCGCCGGCGUCUAUAUAGCUCUCAUGGCUCCGCUGAUGGUGGUCUUGACCGAGGACCUGUCUGAACUGGGGAUUCGCAUGGGGAUCGCAUUUGCAUUCUCGGGCCUUGGUAGCUUAAUAGGCACCCCAAUUUCGGGCGCACUGCUCACGGACAAGUAUAUAUGGUGGCGGCCUGCCCUUUUUAGCGGGAUCACAACCAUGGCGGGAGCGUUGUCCUUCUUCAGCAUGGCGAUCAUGGUGCACCGCCGAUCACGCCCAGCGCAGCCUGUUCUUAAAGCCUAAGCCAGCGACGCACUCGAUGGCAUGCGCUGUCGAGGAAGAGCGCCACGAGGCCGUAAUCAACUGAUACGGUUGGACGACUCUCAUGCCAAAGACUUACUUUAUGUAGAGGUGCCUAGGAGCCAUAAUUUGCAAGGCCGUAAUUGACUUGAUUUCGCGCGAGCUCCUCGAAUCGUGGCGCCACCAGUGCGUUGCAUGUAAGCCGUGCGUCAGGAACGAUGGAGAUCGGUAUGAACCCACAUUACGAUACGAUUGCACGAGGUGGCUGAGGUGAUGGGUGGGUGGUGUGGCGUUGCGACGGUUCACCGACGUGGGCGCGUCCAAAGCAAAGUCGUUUGGUCACGUCUUUAUUACGUUGUAUCGGCGCGUCUAUCCUCGCCAUUGCGCGGCCUGACACGAGGGGGAAUCGAUUACAAUUGUCGCGAUGGGGAAACCACUUCCAUCAAAUCGAAGGCUCGGAGGUGGAAUCCCUAUUAGUCUUGCC